UCACCUGGUCCCGGAUGACAAUUCCCGGCCGGCACUUGGCGAUCAUCGGGAUAGCCAACAGAGUAAGAGACCACAUGGGCAUGCUGUUUUGUAUCUCGCACAGCAGAGAAAUACAAACCUGCAUGUCUCCCUAGUAAAACACAGCACACAGUAAAACACACACAGCACACAGUUAAUCCUUUGAUCGCCCCAGAUGUUAUCCCCUUCCAGCUCAGUGCCAUUAGUACAGUGUCAGUGCUUUUUAUUAGCACUGAUCACUGUAUUAGUGUCAUUGGGGAUGUCAGUGGCAGUUAGUCAGUUCCCACCCAGUGUCAGAAUGCCCGCCGCAGUCCCGCUAUAA